GUAAAAAUGAAAAGGCAUAGAGGAAUAAUAAAGCAAGUGACACGCCGAUAUUUAUUUACGAAAAUGUCAUCGAGCGAAUUGCGUUCAUCAUUUUUAGAGUAUUUUAUAUCGUUAAAUCACACUUAUGUGCAACCGUCGUCAAUUGUUUCACACGAUGAUCCAUCGCUGCCGUUUACAAAUGCUGGCAUGAACCAGUUUCGGCCAAUAUUUUUGGGUGCAGUUGAAGCAAAUAGCGAAUUGGGUCGCUUAAAACGUGCAGUGAAUUCGCAAGGGUGUAUUCGAGUUGGUGGUAAGCAUAAUGAUUGGGAACAUGUUGGUCGUGAUUUAACGCACCACACUUUUUUCGAAAUGCUUGGCAACUGGUCUUUUGGCGAUUAUUUUAAAGAAGAAGCUUGUUAUUUUGCUUGGAAUUUUUUAACGAAAAUAUUGUCAGUGCCACCCGAAAAAUUAUAUAUAACUUAUUUUGCUGGGAACGAUAAAUAUGCUUUGCCACCGGAUUACGAAUGCAGAGAUAUUUGGAAAAAAAUUGGUGUUAAUCCUGGUCGAAUAUUACCGUUUGGAUUGAAACAUAACUUUUGGGAGAUAGCAGAAUGUGGACCAUGUGGUCCUUCUUCAGAAAUUCAUAUUGACGUUCAAGGUUCUAAUGAUGCUUCAGCAUCGGUCAAUAUCAAUGGAUCAUCUGUUGUUGAAUUGUGGAAUUUGGUUUUUUUGCAGUUCAAUAAGGAACCUUCGGGAUUAUUGAAACCACUGCCACGUCAACACAUAGAUUGUGGAUUGGGUUUUGAACGUAUGACGGCUGUAAUGCAAAAUGUUAUUACAAGCUAUGAUACUGAUAUUUUUAUUCCCCUUCUCGAGGAAGUCUCAAAGUAUAGUAAUGUGGGACUAUAUGAAGGUCGCGUUGGCGAACAUGAUUUAAAUAACAAGGAUAGUGCUUAUCGAAUUAUUGCUGAUCAUUUACGAACAUCAUGUAUUUUAAUAUCUGAUGGUGUGCGAGCAUCUGUAAAAGGCCAAGGAAAUGUGUUGCGACGUUUAUUACGACGUGCGGCUCGAGCUUCAUACUUAUUUUUAAAGGCCGAUCAAGGACAUCUAUCUAAUAUUGUGCCUUUUUUUAUAUAUCACUUGAAAAACUCUUACCCUGAUAUGCUGAAAAAUGAUGAAGUUAUUGAAAAAGUUGUUAAAGAAGAAGAAGAACAAUUUUGGAAGUUACGUAAGGAAGGAGAAAAAAGAUUUCAUAGUGUGAUCAGUCAGUUACCUGAAAACUCUCUUAUUUUACCUGGCAGUAUUGCUUGGAAUCUUCAUAAUGAAGGAGUAAAUAUUGAAAUGGCUUCAUUAUUGGCUGAAGAAAAAGGAUUAAUUGUCGAUAUGGUUGGUUUUGAAAAAGAAAAAGCUUUAGCACAGGCUUUGUCAAAGUCCAGUUUCGAAAGGCGACGAACAGUAGUCAGUGACUGUUCGAACCAACUUACAAAUCAAGAAAUUCCAGUCACCAAUGAUUUGUUUAAAUACAAUUAUUCUCGAUCAAACAGCGGAGAAUAUAGUUUUGCUGAAAUUGGUGGCAAAAUAUUAGCUAUUUUCGAUAUGAAUAGAAGGAUUUGCAACAGCCUUUCAGUAUCUAAAGAAGGUUAUAUUGUUGUUGAUGUUACCAAUUUUUUUGCCGAACAAGGCGGACAGCUUUCUGAUACUGGCAUUCUUUUCGACAAAAAUCGACAACCAGUAUUCAGCGUAAAAGAUGUUCAGCGCCAUAAAAACUAUGUUUUCUUAAUUGGCACAACAUUGCAUUCAGAUCUUACGGUUAAUAUGGAGAUUUAUCAACGAAUUAAUGAAGGACGUCGCCUUUCAUUAAUGCGCAAUCACACAGCCACCCACUUAUUGCGCUAUGCGAUUCAAAAAGUUUGCGGUACAGGUGUUCAACAGUGUGGGUCUCUCAUUUCUGCCGAAAAUUUGCGAUUUGAUUGUUCGCUUAAUAGAGAUUUAACCCCGGACGAGAUCGCUGAAAUUGAUUUGCUCAUAAAUGACAUUAUUAGUUCCAGUCAGACAAUUGCUGAUCGUAAUGUUUCUAUUGAAAAUAUUGAAUUUUCGCAAAAUGAUUUUCCACAGAAGUUUGAUUGGAAUGACCUUGGUGCUAAUAGAACUGUGCGAAUUAUCCAAAUUGGGGAUAUUUCCAUUGGAAGCAAAUUUGAAAUUAAGGAAUAUUGCUGUGGGACCCAUGUAUUAAGUACUAGCGAUAUUCAAGCUUUUACCAUCUAUGCUGGCGAAACAGUCGGUCGUGGUAAACGACGUUUAUACGCCUGGACAGGUACUUUAGCUGAAUCAGCUCUAUAUAUUGGGACCACAAUGCGUUCUAAAAUUUCUUUACUUAGUUCAAAUAUGAAAGUUGAAGAUGCAAAAAAUUUUAUGAAAGAUUACAUUGGAAUCAAACAUAAACUUCCUCUGUGGAUGAAACGUGAAAUGAAAGAAUCUGUUCGCCAAAUUAAAAAAGACAUAAAAAAGAGGGAAAAAAAGCUCAUUUAA